CCUCUAAUUUUGUUGGGAAAAUUGACAAAACGCGUUAAUAGCGGCUAACAAAAAUAAAAAAUAAAUGUAUAUUUAAUCAAAUAGGAUUCCUGCAAUCAUUAGCCACAUAUUUGUACAAUAGAAACCCUACUUUAAAGAUUGGAGUUAUUUGAAGCAAUUAGAAGUGAAGAACGAACAUGGAUACUGACAGCGACGAUGAUGGAUCAAUUGGAAAUGGUUCUAAUCACGGAGGUAGUAAUCAUGACGGAGGAGGAUUUGGAAUAGAUUUGACAGGUAUACUAUUUGGCAACAUUGACUCUGAAGGCAAACUAGUAGAUGAAGAUGGAGCCGGAGCUUUUGAUUCGGAAUUCAAGGAACAUCUGGGUUCAUUGUCGAAGUUGGGUUUAAAUUCGAUGCUAAGUGAAGUAAUUGAAGCAGAAGAUGCCGAUGAUGAAGACGAGGAGGAAAAGAAGCCAAUGAGCGAUUUUGAUGCUCUUAAAUCAGGGCUGUUGGAUAACAAAGAAAAACAAGAAGACGAAAAUGGUGAAAUUAUAAAAGACACAAAUGCCGUAGAUUAUUCUGAUAUAAACGAGUUAUCUGAGGAUUGCCCAAAGACACCACCGUCGGACGUUCAAAUAACGGAGACCGAGAAUAAAACAGACUCCUCAAAUAUUUUAGAAGAUUUGGAGGAUGCAAUUCCUGCUUCAAAAGUUUGUUCUUCUAUCAAAGAUGACAAAGAGUUGAUGCCACCACCUAGCACACCUGUACGCACACAGUCAAAUACAGCCCAGGAAACACAAAGUAAACAAAGUGGUUCCGACAGUGGAAUGGAUACGGAUGUCAAGCCUGAGAAAUCGGCAGAGCGAAAAUUGGACACUCCGUUGGCCGAUAUGUUGCCCUCAAAAUAUGCUAAUGUUGAUGUACGUGAAUUAUUUCCUGAUUUUAGACCUGGAAAAAUCUUAAGAUUUUCUCGUUUAUUUGGGCCCGGAAAACCCUCAAGUCUGCCACAAAUUUGGCGGCAUGUAAAAAAGCGAAGACGAAAACGCAAACAAUCACGAGAUCAAAAAAAUCAUAAUCCAGGAUCAGAUUCUACAAGUGAUUCUGAAGAGCCACGCAAAAAGGGGUUUGGUAUACAUCAUGGUCCCGAUCCCAUGCCUGCACAAUGUUUGUCCGAUGAUGAAGACAAACUUUUAAGCAUAUUUAAUGAUGAGGAUGUUAAACAAGAACCUGAAAAUGGCGAUAAUACCGAGAACAAACCAAAAAUUGCAGACUGGCGAUAUGGCCCAGCACAAAUAUGGUACGAUAUGUUAGAUGUGCCCGAUUCGGGCGAGGGCUUUAACUACGGAUUUAAAAAUAAACAAGAGAUGAAACAUUCUAAGCCACAAACACAGGCAAAAAAAGAAGAGCCGGCUGAUGAAGAUGACGAAGCCGCCAUAGCCGAUGACGCGUUUCUUAUGGUUUCUCAGUUGCAUUGGGAAGAUGAAGUUGUGUGGGAUGGGAAUGAAAUAAAGGCAAAAGUUUUACAAAAACUAAACUCAAAAACAAAUGCAGCUGGUUGGUUGCCAUCCAGUGGAUCUAGGGCAUUUACGCCGGCUGGUAAAGCACUGCCUGUGACAGGAGGGCCAACAAGUAAAAUUCCUGGUGGAAGCGGGAGCUCAACAAACAAACAAAAAGCAAACCAAAAUUUACCAGCAAAGCCGGCAGAAGCAGUUGAUGAUACGUGGUAUAGCAUAUUUCCUGUUGAAAAUGAGGAGCUAAUUUACAGUAAAUGGGAAGAUGAAAUCAUUUGGGAUGCUGAAGAAAUGCCUAAGAUUCCAAAACCUAAAGUGUUGACAUUGGAUCCAAAUGAUGAAAAUAUUAUCUUGGGUAUUCCAGACGAUAUUGAUCCAUCGAAAAUCAAUAAAAAUACCGGACCACCGCCGAAAAUCAAAAUUCCCCAUCCUCAUGUUAAGAAAUCGAAAAUUCUUCUGGGAAAAGCUGGUGUUAUUAACGUUCUGGCCGAAGAUACUCCACCUCCACCGCCAAAAAGUCCCGACAGAGAUCCAUUUAAUAUUUCCAAUGACAGUUAUUACAUGCCUAAGACUGAACCGACAUUGCGACUUAAAGUUGGUGGUGGUAGUAUAAUACAACAUUCGACGCCAGUGGUAGAAUUGAGAUCUCCAUUUAUUCCCACCCAUAUGGGUCCAAUGAAAUUGAGAUCAUUCCACAGGCCUCCUUUAAAGAAAUACUCUUAUGGUCCUCUCUCCCAGCCUGUCCCUCAUCCGGUAUUACCAUUGCUUAAGCACAUCGUUAAAAAAGCUAAGCAACGUGAUGCAGAACGUAUUGCUUCCGGUGGUGGUGAUGUCUUCUUUAUGCGAAAUCCGGAAGAUUUAAGCGGCAAAGACGGUGAUAUAAUUUUGGCUGAAUUUUGUGAAGAACAUCCUCCAUUAAUGAACCAAGUUGGUAUGUGUUCAAAAAUCAAGAACUAUUACAAGCGUAAGGCCACCAAGGAUAAUGGUCCACAGGACUUUAAAUAUGGUGAAACAGCAAUUGCCCAUACCAGCCCCUUUCUUGGCAUUUUACACCCUGGGCAGUGUAUUCAAGCAUUGGAAAAUAAUAUGUAUCGCGCUCCAAUUUACCCACACAAUGUAAAUCAAACAGACUUUUUAGUCAUACGUACUCGUAAUAAUUAUUACUUGCGUGAAUUCAAUGCAAUUUUCACAGUUGGGCAAGAGUGUCCCUUAUAUGAGGUACCAGGACCUAACUCGAAACGAGUUAACAAUUUUACACGUGACUUUUUGCAAGUCUUUGUUUAUCGUCUCUUUUGGAAAAGUAAAGAUAAUCCCCGUCGUAUACGUAUGGAUGAUAUAAAACGUGCCUUCCCCGCCCAUUCAGAAAGUAGUAUACGUAAAAGACUGAAACAAUGUGCAGAUUUCAAGCGUACUGGUAUGGAUUCAAAUUGGUGGGUCAUCAAACCAGAAUUUCGACUGCCAUCCGAGGAGGAAAUUCGAUCUAUGGUUUCGCCAGAGCAAUGCUGUGCUUACUUUAGUAUGAUUGCUGCUGAACAACGAUUAAAGGAUGCCGGUUAUGGUGAGAAAUCUAUAUUUGCACCCCAAGAGGACGAUGAUGAGGAAUCUCAGUUGAAAUUGGACGACGAAGUUAAAGUUGCUCCCUGGAACACUACAAGAGCCUACAUACAAGCAAUGCGUGGAAAAUGUUUGUUGCAAUUAACAGGCCCUGCUGAUCCCACGGGAUGUGGUGAAGGAUUUUCGUAUGUACGAGUUCCUAACAAACCAACGCAAACGAAAGAAGAACAAGAGUCGCAACCAAAACGUACUGUAACAGGUACUGAUGCCGAUUUACGUCGUUUACCAUUGCAAAGGGCCAAGGAGUUGUUACGAAAAUUUAAAGUACCCGAAGAAGAAAUUAAGAAACUAUCUCGUUGGGAGGUUAUUGAUGUUGUACGUACCCUAUCCACAGAAAAGGCUAAAGCUGGUGAACAGGGCAUGGAUAAAUUUUCCAGAGGCAAUCGUUUUUCAAUAGCCGAACAUCAGGAACGUUAUAAAGAAGAAUGCCAACGUAUAUUCGAUUUACAAAAUCGGGUACUUGCCAGUUCGGAAGUACUUUCAACAGAUGAAGAUGAGUCGUCGGCUUCAGAAGAAUCCGAUUUGGAGGAAUUGGGUAAAAAUUUGGAAAAUAUGUUAUCCAAUAAGAAAACUUCGACCCAAUUAACACUGGAACGUGAAGAACAAGAAAGACAGGAAUUGCUGAAGAAAAUGAUGGAAGAUGAAGAGGGUAAUAAACAAAAGAAUGACAAAAACAAAGAAGGAUCCGGAGAAAAUCAACAUCAGCCGCAGCCGAAUUUAGGUCGCAUAUUAAAGAUUACACGAACAUUUAAGGAUCAAGAAGGCAAAGAAUAUACUCGUGUUGAAACUGUACGCCGUCAACCAGUUAUAGAUGCAUACGUCAAGAUUAGGACCACCAAAGAUGAACAGUUUAUCAAACAAUUUGCCACACUCGAUGAACAACAAAAGGAAGAAAUGAAACGAGAAAAGAGAAGAAUUCAAGAGCAGUUGAGACGUAUAAAGCGCAAUCAAGAAAAGGAGCGCCUAGCUCAGUUGGCACAAAAUCAAAAAUUACAACCUGGUGGUAUGCCUACCUCUUUGGGCGACCCAAAAACUUCUCAAAGUUCUUCGCACAAAGAGAGAGAUAAUAGUCAUAAGGAAGUAAGCCCAUCAAGGAAGAAAUUUAAGCUUAAACCAGAUUUGAAAUUGAAAUGUGGCGCCUGCGGGCAGGUUGGUCACAUGCGUACAAACAAGGCAUGUCCCCUUUAUACUGGAACGCAAGGUCCAACCAAUUCAUCUAUGAACUCUUCCGUAAUGGAUGAACCUGAGGAAGAACCAGAGAGUCGUGAAAUAAAUUGUGAUGACGAUGAUUUGGUAAAUGUCGAUGGCACCAAGGUUACUCUGAGCAGUAAAGUGUUGAAGCGACAUGACGAAAGUUUAAUGGGCCGCAACAAAAAGGGUCUUCUACUUAAGGUGCCCAAAGAUAUGAUGGGUAAAAAGAAACGUAAAGCUAGCGAUAUACAUUGCGAUUAUUUGCAACGCCAUAACAAAACUGCCAACCGUCGACGUACAGACCCCGUUGUGGUAUUAUCUUCCAUUUUGGAGGAAAUAUUAAAUAUUUUAAGAGCAAUGCCCGAUGUCACACCUUUUAUGUUUCCAGUUAAUGCUAAGGUGGUUCCCGAUUAUUAUCGCAUAGUUACCAAACCUAUGGACCUGCAAACAAUGCGUGAUAAUAUACGCCAAAAAAGAUACCAUAAACGUGAAACCUUUUUGGCUGAUUUAAAACAAAUUGUUGAAAAUUCAACACUAUACAAUGGUCUGAAUAGUUCAUUUACUUCGGCUGCGCAACGCAUGUAUAAAAACUGUUGCGAUCUAAUGGCUGAAAAAGAAGAAAAACUUGCAAGGUUGGAAAAGGCAAUUAAUCCCCUACUGGAUGACGAUGACCAAGUGGCUUUAUCGUUUAUAUUGGAAAAACUGCACACAAAAAUUAAGACUAUGCAAGAAAGUUGGCCUUUCCUUAAGCCUGUAAAUAAAAAACAAGUUAAAGAUUAUUACACUAUUAUUAAGAGACCCAUGGAUUUGGAAACCAUUGGAAAAAAUAUUGAAGCUCAUCAGUACCACUCACGAGCAGAUUUCUUGGCGGAUAUCGAAUUAAUAGCUGUAAAUUGUGAACAAUACAAUGGCAGUGAAUCAAGAUUUACCCAAAAUGCAAAGCAUAUUUUAGAAUUUGCUCGCACGCAGUUGGAAGAGUGUUCUGAACAAUGUCUUCAAUUGGAGCAAAAUAUUGCUAAGGUUCAGGAACGUGCGCGUGUCGAUGCAGAUCUCGAUGAUACAUGGGGUGGUGUAGAAGAUCAAGAAUAUGAUUAUACGCGUACAAGUCGUUCAAGUACACCAGAAAAUGAAUUUAUUGAUGUGGAAGGCAAUGAAAGGCCAUCUUCUUCGUCAAAUGCAACAUUACAACGUGGUAUUGGUGGUUUAAUAUCUCUCAACACAGGCUCAAAUGUGCAAAAUCAAGAUAUGCAACCUCCUAUCGAUAUUAAACGUGGUCGAGGCCGUCCGCGAAAACUUCGUGACGUAAAUGAGGAAGUUAAAUUUAAUGCGAAUGCUGUUAAACGUGGUCGCGGUCGUCCCCGUAAGGACAGCUUAACCUCAAAUUUAAGUAACCCACAUAAUUCCUCUUUUACGGAAGAAGAUCAACAGUGUUCCACCGAAGAUGAAGAUGAUGAGUUCCAAGAGGUCUCAGAAGAUGAGAAUAGUGCUGCGAAUAUUUUGGAUCAAGGUGAACGUAUGCAUUCUAUGUCAAAUGCGGGGGGAAGUGAGGGUGAAGGUUCUGAAGUCCUUCAUUCUGAUAAUCUUAAAUCUGAAAUGAAAAUGGAAGCACCCCAAUUGAUUGGAGAAGAAUCAAUGGAUUUGGAUCCAAACUAUGAUCCAUCUGAUUUUCUAACAAUGCAUAAUCGCUUAGGUGGUGGAAACACUAAUGCAGCUGCUAUGACAGAUUCAUCUUAUCAAACAUCUAAUGUAUCACAAUUUUUGCCACAAGACGAAGAUGCCCAUCAAGAAAGUGCAGCUCCAAUGAAUCAAGAUCAUAUGAAUAUUAACAAUGAUUUAGCCAUCUCAGAGAGUGAUGAUGACGACGACAAUGCACGUCCCAAAAAAGAAGGCGGGUUUUCUCAUCAAAUGGAACAGGAUAUAGCAGGAGCAGAAAAUGCCAGCGGUGCACAUACUAUGAUGGGUAUACAACAGCAAAUUCAACAGCUGUCGUCGUACGGCAAUGUUUCUGCUUUGGAUGAUCAUCAACAACAGGAACAACCCUCAGAAGAUCCACCAUCACAGGAUGAUAAUAACGAUGAUGAUUGGUUAAGAUUUUAAUUUAAAUAUUUAAAGUGAUUUUACUAUACACAUUGCAAUCCAAUUUGUCCUUAAUUUUUUGAAAAUAAAAAUAUUUUUUAAAAAAUUGGUUGUAAUGUAAAUCUCCGGCCGAUUAUG